GACUGUCCCCUUCCUGCAGGGAGGUAAUAGCAUGAUAUCAACAGGAACUGCUCUCAAUAGACGACAAAACUCGUUCUAUUUUGACACGGGGGCAGCCAGGAGGUUCAAAUCGGAGAAAUAUGUCUACUGGAAGCCAAGAGACACAGUCAGACACAGCAUGCCCAGCAGAACCUCCUGUCUAUUUCUCCAACCCUUUGAUGAGUGAUGUCGAAUCAGACUGGUCUCCUAUUCACGAUGCUGCAUUCAAUGGACGUGUUCUCAGUCUGCAAAGGCUCAUCGCUCAGGGAAUCUGCGUGAAUCUAAGUACACUGGACCGAGUCUCACCCCUUCAUGGAGCAUGUCUGCAAGGCAACACAAACUGUGCCAAGCUUCUGGUGGAAAACGGAGCAAAUGUUAACAGCACAACGGUGGAUGGACACACUGCCUUAGCAGAUGCGUGUGCCGGGGGCCAUGUGACCUGUGCAUCUCUGCUUCUUCAACAUGGAGCGACACCCCUGGGCACCAGCCCUUCCAGUUCUCCAAUCCACUUGGCUGCAGCCAAGGGUCACCCCGAAUGCAUUGAAAUGCUUGUUCAGCACAGUGCAGAUGUGGAUCAGCAUAUAGAUACCUUAGGCUCUCCUCUGCAUGCUGCCUGCUCCAAUCAUCAACUGGGCUCUGUGAAGAAGCUUCUUCAGCUCGACAUCUAA